AGACCUAAUUGCAUCGUCGUCAUCGCCAUCGCCGCAUCCGAGCAUCAACCCCGUUCCAGCCUUCCACCCUGAGACCCUUAAUUACCUCCGCAUGAGCCAUUGCGCUCUGGGGGAAAGCGACCCUCGUUCCCACUCCUCUCCACGCGUAAUAAUGGCAACACUCACCCAAAUGGCCCAAUCUUCUGCCCUGGAUUCCUCGUCUGCCAGUGCCUCGGUCCUCCGGCACAGGCCGAGCCACGACCAAAAGGCAAACGGCAAGACUGAGCGCACGCGCGACACAAAGUACCGCCAUGUUUACGCUACUCACGCCGUGACGCGCACCUCGUGUUUAAGCCAUGACACCGACAAGAGUCCCAGCUUCGUUGGCUUCAGGAAUCUCAUGAUCUUGGUGCUCAUUGUAUCCAACUUGCGAUUGAUGAUUGUGAACCUCCAAAAGUAUGGCGUUCUUAUAUGUCUCAGCUGUCACGACUAUCGCCGGUCCGAUGUCAUCACCGGCCUGCUUCUCUACCUAUUGGUUCCCGCCCAUCUCUUCGUCACCUACUUGAUCGAGCUCGCUGCUGCCUGGCAGGCUGAUCGCGCCUACUCGCGCAUAUCCACCGAAAAGGACCAAGACACGCCCGCCAAAUAUGCCGCAGCGCUGCGCGAAUUCAACUCGACCUGGUACAUUGUCGCCUUCUUCCAUAGUGUCAACGCCGUCGCCAACCUCUACAUUGCGACAAAGUAUGUCUACUAUGACAUCCACCACCCAGGCAUCGGUACCCUAUGCGAACUCCAUGCAGUCAUUGUAUUUCUCAAGUGUGCCUCGUACGUCCUCACGAACCGCGACCUCCGCCAUGCGUACUUGCACCCCAAGCAGGCCGAUCCGCUCCCUGAGCUAUACCAGGCGUGUCCAUACCCACAGAAUAUCAAUAUGAAGAACCUCUGCUACUUCUGGUGGGCACCAACUCUCGUCUACCAGCCCGUAUACCCCCGAACCGACAAGAUACGAUGGGACUUUGUUUUCAAGCGUCUGGUCGAGCUCGCCGGCCUCAGCAUCGUCAUUUGGAUAGCCUCCGCGCAAUACGCCGCACCGCUCCUUCAGAAUUCCCUCGACAAAAUCCUCACUUUGAACCUGACGUCCAUUGCCGAGCGCGUCAUGAAGCUUUCCACAAUUAGCGUCUUCUGCUGGCUCUGCGGCUUCUUUGCCCUCUUCCAAUCCGCCCUCAACGCCCUCGCAGAAGUGAUGCGAUUCGGAGACCGAGAAUUCUACGGCGACUGGUGGAACGUCUCAUCCAUUCGCACAUACUGGACCACCUGGAACAAGCCCGUAACAAACUUCAUGCGCCGUCACAUCUACUCCCCCCUCGUUGGUCGCGGGAUUCCCCCUGCCGUAGCGCAAAUCCUCGUCUUCGUCUUCUCUGGCAUCCUCCACGAACUGCUCGUCGGCGUGCCCACUCACAACAUCAUUGGUGUCGCUUUUACCGGCAUGAUUAUACAGAUUCCGUUGAUAGCACUCACGGAUCUCAUUCAAAAGGUCAGUUGGAUCCAGGGCAAGGUUGCGGGCAACAUGAUUUUCUGGAUGAGCUUUUGUCUUGUGGGGCAGCCACUUGCGGCGCUUAUGUACUUUUUUGCUUGGCAGGCAAAGUAUGGAAGUGUGAGGGUGAGGGUGGGGGAGAGUCCGGUCAAUGUGUUUUAUAGACGCUAG